AUGCCUCGUUCUUUCCUAGUGAAGAAAGUGAAACAUCCUGUUGAUCAUAGCAACCGGUGGCCAUACCAUGAACCGGCUAGUCCUACAGAGGCGGAGACUCCACCACCGGGGUUCACCAUCCAUUAUAGUAACGGUUAUUUGUACGACGUCACCACAACUGGAGACUAUGCGGCAGAGACAGGACCUAAAUCACCGGCAGUUGUAGAAAGCUGCAAUCAUCACCACCAUUUCCACCACCAUCAUAACGAAAAGACAGACACUCCUUGGAUAGCCUUCGAUGAAGAUGAAGAGGAGGAUGAAGAAGACCACGAAGGAAGCUGCUCUUCAGAUUCUUUCAAGAAAAGUCUUCCGGAAGGUUUUCAGGACCCGGCCGGAGACUCCUCGUCAGGAGCCACAAGUUCCGACGAAUCCAACAACAGCACCGGUUGUGGUUCUUCCAUCUCAAACACUUCUUGUGGAAGAGGUGAUGCCACAUCUUUUCUGGUGAUUGGCGACGGUCGGGCAAGAAGAAGGAAAGAUCCGGCUGCCCCCCGAAGAGACAGGUCUCGCUACACGUGUUCCGAAUGUGGUAAGCAGUACGCCACCUCUUCAAACCUCUCUAGGCACAAGCAAACCCACCGCAGUCCGGACUCCCAACUUGCGAAGAAGUGCCCAACGUGUGGCAAAGUCUACGUCAGCAUGCCAGCCCUCUCGAUGCACGUGUUGACGCAUUCUCUGAGUCACAAGUGUAACGUUUGUGGCAAAGCCUUCUCCAGACCAUGGCUUCUACAGGGACACAUGCGUUCGCACACUGGUGAAAAACCAUUCGGUUGUGCGCAGUGCGGGAAAGCCUUUGCGGACAGGUCAAACCUCAGAGCCCACAUGCAGACCCACUCCUCGUUCAAGCACUACAGGUGCCACAAGUGCAAUAAGUCUUUCGCGCUUAAGUCCUACCUCAAUAAGCACUUUGAAUCUUCUUGUUAUCGAAUGGAUGGAUUGGUUGAGGAACUCGUCGAGGGUUCUGGUAUUCCAGAGGAAGAAGCAGAAGGUGAUGACGAAGCGGAAGUUCCAGAUGUCAUAGCACCUACUCCGUAG